AUGAAUCAAACUUUUUCUGAAGGAACACUAUUAUAUAUAUCAAAAUCGCCAGCCCAUCAGCAAGCAUCCUCAUUAGUCGAAACCCCAAAAUCAAAAAAUAUAAUUUACAACUAUUUAACAAAAGGUCAUACAAAAUUUCAACUUAGAAACACCCCUGAUUUGAGAAAUAUCCCUGUUUCACAGGUAAAAAGGAAACUAAAGGAUCCUAAAGACAUUGUAAGAGAAAAUAUUACAGCAGAUAUUGAUGAGGAAGCAAACAUAGUAAGGCAUCGAACAAACUUGGUUAAGUCUCGUAUUAAUCAUGAUAUAACCCGACAAAGGCUGAAGUUUUUAAGACCGCCUUCAGAGAUGUUUGACCCACCGCUUAAUACAACAACUAUAGAAGGACAAAAUUCAAUGGAUGACCUCCAAAAAGAACUUUAUGUCUCAAUUGGCACCAUAGAGCCAGAGUCUUUAUUUAAAAUGCCGACAGAUUUAAAGGAACUGAAAAUACAAAUCAAGCCUGGAGACCUUUUACUGAAUUUAGAAGAGUCAAUUGAUGCUUUGGAAGUAAUGGGAGACGAAGAAAUACCAAAAGAGUUUAUUUUGAAUGGAAUUUCAAAAAAAUCAUACAAAAAUACUCUUCCUAAACUAGGAGGCCCUUCUAGCAGAAAAGACGUAGAAUUGUUAGGAGAAUGGCUUGAUACAAUGCUGACUCCCCCCCCCCUCCGUGAGUGAACAAAAACAUUUAGAAAAAUCCCUAUUUUUUGCCCAAAAACCCACCCUCCGUGAACAAAAAUUUUUUUAAUAGAAAAAUUUUUUAUGGAAAAAAAUUUUGAUAUAUAAAUGAUAAUUAGUAUAAUGAAAUCUAGAGCUAAUUCUGUUUAAUUUUGAACGAAUUGGUUUUUAAAACAUAAAUUUUAUAAAUUAAAUUAAUACUUGCUUUCCAAUUUUCGCGAAUUAGGAUUUUUUGAAUUUCGAAAAAAAAAUAUUUUAUAAAAUUUAUAUAUAAAUUUUUUAAAAAAAAAAAAAAUUAACCUCCGUAAGUGAACAAAAAUUUUUUUGUUCACUCACGGAGGGGGGGGAGUGAGGAAAAUUUACGAGGAUAAAAACCAAAACCCAGCAGAAAUGUUUGAAAAUACACAAAUUGUAUACACGAUCUGUUUAAAAGAGCUGAUUAGGCAGGUAAGCAUGCACUGUAUACAGAGAGGAGAACUGAUCGAAAGAGUGUGAAAAGUUUAUUUUUCUCUUAUGCUGAAGGCAAUUAGAAUUUACCAAACAUCAAAAAUCCAAUAUCAUAACAAAUCUCUUACUCCCCCCCCCUCCGUGAGUGAACAAAACCAUUAGAAAAAUCCCUAUUUUUUGCCCAAAAACCCACCCUUCGUGAACAAAAAUUUUUUUAAUAGAAAAAUUUUUUAUGGAAAAAAAAUUUGAUAUAUAAAUGAUAAAUUAUUAUAAUGAAAUCUAGAGCUAAUUCUGUUUAUUUUUAAACGAAUUGCUUUUUGAAACAUAAAUUUUGCAAAUUGAAUUAAUAUUUGCUUUCAAAUUUUUGCGAAUUAGGAUUUUUUUAAAUUUCGAAAAAAAUAUUUUUUAUAAUAUUUUAAAUAUAAAUUUUUUAAAAAACAAAAAUUAAUCCCCCUCCGUGAGUGAACAAAAUUUUUUUGUUCACUCACGGAGGGGGGGGGGGGAGUUAAUGCCAUUAAAAGCAGCCAAAAAAAAUUUAUCCAAAAAAAUAAUGACUUGACUGGGCAGUUGCAAUUUCUGCAUAAUGAGCUUGAUGAAGCAAAAAAAGAAAUUGAGGACCAAAGGAAAAUAAUAGAAAAAAUGACUUUCAAAGAAAAAAAGUACAAAAAUAGGAUAAAGAUAUUGCAAGCCCAAUAUGAGAAAAAUAAAGUCAGAUUACUGAGGUUGGAAGACACAAAUAAAAAUUUAAAUUAUCUUAUUGAUCAAGUCCUUGAAGACUUAAUCUCAUCUCUUUAGUAAAUUGAUUUUUAGAAAGUUCCUAUUGGAAAUAAAUUGGAUUUUCAUUAUAAGUUUAUAUUUUAUUAGGCAAGCUGCUUAAAAUUUGAUAUAAUAACCAAGAAAUUUCAUUAUAAUAAUUACCAUUUUUUAUCAUAAAAAAAUUUAUUUGCACAAACAUUCCAAAAAUUUUUCUAGCUCAUAGAGUGGAAGGGUUAGAAACUGAAGCUCCUGGGAUUAAAAAAGUGCAAUAUAAAAAUAAAAUACGAUUCAGAGAGCUAAGCAAGCUGAUUUUAAGUGAUCCACUGCUUCAAGCGCUAGGAGAAAUAAAAGAAGAAGAGGUCGGCAAAACUACUACUGACGAAAUUGAGCUUGAAAACAAAGUAUUCAUGCAAGAGCUUCAAGACAGAAUGGAAGAAACUGCUGAAGAAAUGAAAGACAUUGCAGUCGACACAUCCGAUUUUUUUACUUUUGUUCCCAAAGAUUCUCAAACUGAUUAUGAAGACUUCCCUAUCCCGCUCGUAGACAUUGACAAAGUCUCACAAAACAACCAUUUACUCAAAGAAGCAGAACAACUUCUUAUAAGUUUAAACACAGCCGAAGCAGAAGAUUCCCCAGCACAAGCAAAUGACUGGUUUCAAGACAAAAUAGGCGAAGAUUCAGACGAAGAAAUAGACGAGUUAUUUGACUAUGCCAACAAAAGAGCUGAAAAAGUCAUUGAAAUUGAUGAUGAUUUUGUGGAAUUAUUAUGAGACGAAACAAGUUUAGAAAAAGCACGAGAAUUACUAAAAAAUAAAUUUAUCUCAAAUCAAGGUGAAACUCAGCAGAUAUUGAAAAGUGUCAUGACGAAAUAUAUGUCUAAUCAUCAAUUUACCAAAAGCCUGCAAGAAACUAUGAAAAAACUGAAAAUAAAGCUGUUUCAGAAAAUCAAAAGAGAAAGGCAGCUAGAAGAAGAAAUAAAAAUUCUCCAAAAUGCGGAGGAUGAUACAGAUGAGACUCCAAAAAUAAUAAGACCUGCAAGGAAACGUAGAAGCACACAGCUGUUGAAAGCACCGCCUCCUAGAUUUAUGCAGAGGGCAACAAAGGUAAAAGAAGUUGUCGCGAAAAAGAAUACUGAAGCAAAAGAAUUUAGCCUUGGCAAUAAAGUGGUUUUAUUUAAAAAAGAUGAUCUCUCUCCAGCUACCAAGAUAUUUGAAAAAAUUGUCCAGGGCAAGCUAAAAAUAAAAGUCACUGUUACCAAAAAGAGCUUAGCCAAGCAGCUUUCUAUUAUAAUUGCAGAUUACAGGACUCAAAGCAAAGAAAGUACAGCUGUUAGAACUCAGGAUUUAUAUUUAUUUUUAUAUGAUUAUUUUACGACUAAGCAUGGACUUAAAGGAGUGGCUGAAAGAAAAUUUGUCCAGCUAGUGAUGGCUUGUGAAAGGCAUAAAGACAACCCUCAUAUAAAUUUAUUUGCAAGAUUUCUAGGUAUUUUUGAUCCUUUAACAAUUGAGGAUUUCAGGUUUUAUAUUGAGGUUUUAGAAGCAUUGUAUGGGAAUAAAUUGGGCUCUGAUAUUAUUAAUGAUAUUGAAGAACAAGUCCCGACAGUCAAAUGUAUUGAUACGCUAUAUAUAAUUUUUUAUAAUAGACUUGAAGAAAAUGAGCUGAAUAAUAUCAAACUUGAGCUUUUAAGUAUGGCAAAGCCUUGCCCAAAAGGAAUUUAUCCAGCUGGAGUAAUAGAAAGAGCUGAUUUUAUUUUAUUUUUGAUUAAAAAAUUCCAAGAUUUCUUGGCGCUAAGGAGAAAUUAUGUAGAAGAUCUGUUUAAUGCAGCUGAUUUAAAUGGAGACGGCUACUUGCAGUUUGCAGAAUUUGACUUAGUUUAUCGAAAUAUUGAGUAUAGAAAUUAUGAUCUUGCUUCAUCUAAAGAAUAUUUUGAGUCUUACUCUGACUUGAUUGCAGAAGAAGGAGGGAAAAAUGCAUCAGCCAUUUCAUAUUACAGAUUCAGCAUUUUAUCCCUUGAAAAAAGCUUGUUUUUUAUUGAAAUUCAAGAAGAGUUUUUAAAUGUAACUCACGAAAAAGGCAUAAUUGGCCAUCUUGACCAGUUGAGAGGAAAUGCAGAUUUUAUAACAAAUCAAAUGCUUUGGAGACUGAAAAAGUGCAAUAAAAUUUCUGAUGUUUUUGAAGGGAUUAUUAAUACAUUGAAUUCGAAAUUAAAGGAAACUGAUAAGCCGAGGCCUGUUUAUAUUGCGUUUAGACUUAUGGAAGAAGAAACAAAGAGGCUGUUAAUACAGUCAAUUGCGAGCUCAAUGCUACCUGCUGUAUCUGAUUUAAUUAACUUGUCAAAUGAAGCUCUGAAUGAUAAACGAAAUAAGAAGGAAGAGAUGCUUAGUUUAGGCUCUGGGAAAUCAUUUUCGAAGAAAGACUACAGCAAUAAGCAGAGUGAAAGAAUUAAUGAAUCAGAUGAGGAAUGGGAGGAAGAUGGUGAAUAA